AUGGCAGAAGAUAGUAACGCGCGUGAUGAGGAGCCCUUUGAAGAGGAGGAAGUGGAUGAAACCAGCUUCAGAGCGGUCAAAGAUGCAGUCCUCUUCGCUAUUGAUAUCAGCAGCUCGAUGCUGACGCCCCGUGGCUCGUCUAACCCAAAGAAAUCUAGCGAGGAGUCCCCGGCAUCUGCAGCCCUUAAGUGCGCAUACCAUCUGAUGCAGCAGCGCAUCAUAUCGAAUCCUAGCGAUACGAUGGGUGUCCUCCUCUACGGAACCCAGUCAUCCAAAUUUUACAAUGAAGAUGGAGAGGGGGCCGGCGAUCUCUCCUAUCCUCACUGUUAUCUGUUUACCGACCUCGACAUUCCUUCAGCGCACGAAGUAAAAGAGCUUAGAGCUCUUGCAGAGGAUGAGAAGGAGGCCCAGAAGAUUCUGGAGCCCUCCAAAGAACCGGUGUCCAUGGCCAAUGUUUUAUUUUGUGCCAACCAGAUCUUCACGUCCAAAGCUCCAAACUUUCUCUCGCGCCGACUGUUCAUCAUUACCGACAAUGAUAACCCUCACGCAGAGAACAAGUCACUUCGAUCAGCUUCCACAGUGCGUGCAAGGGACUUGUAUGAUCUGGGUGUCACAAUUGAACUCUUCCCUAUUUCCCGAGUUGGUCAUGAAUUUGACACUUCACAAUUCUAUGAUGAUAUCAUUUACAAAACUUCCCCCAGUGAUGGCGAGGCCCCGGCCUACCUCCAGCCUGAUACAAGCACAUCCACUGCACAAGGAGACGGAAUCACGUUGCUCAACUCUCUCCUUUCGAGUAUCAACUCUAGAUCCGUGCCCCGGCGGUCAAUCUUUUCUAACAUUUCCCUGGAGAUUGGACCUAAUCUCAAAGUUUCCGUGAAUGGUUAUCUAUUGUUAAAAAGGCAACAGCCGGCGCGAAGCUGCUACGUCUGGCUGGGCGGAGAGAAACCCCAAAUUGCCAAGGGAGUCACUGCACUUCUAGCAGAUGAUACAGCGCACACAGUUGAUAAAACUGAAAUUCGAAAGGCAUACAAAUUCGGUGGUGAACAAGUUUCAUUCACGCCAGAGGAGCAGCUAUCAUUGAGAGACUUUGGGGAGCCCGUGAUCCGAAUUAUUGGAUUCAAGCCGCUGGCUACUCUACCCAUAUGGGCCAAUAUCAAGCACCCUACAUUCAUCUACCCUUCCGACGAAGAUUACAUUGGUUCUACACGCGUCUUCUCUGCAUUACAGCAAAAGCUCCUCAAAGACCGCAAACUUGCCUUGGUUUGGUUCAUUUCCCGCAAGAAAUCUUCGCCUGUCUUGGCUGCCAUGAUUUCUGGUUCUGAAAAGAUUGACGAGAAUGGUGUCCAGAAAAUGCCGCCUGGGAUGUGGAUCAUUCCACUUCCAUUCGCGGAUGACAUGAGGAAAAACCCGGACUACAGUUUUUCUUCGGCUCCCGAACCCCUGAUUGAUGCGAUGAAGCAAGUAGUGGGGCAGUUACAGCUUCCGAAGGGUGUAUACGAGCCUCAAAAAUAUCCUAAUCCUGCGCUUCAAUGGCAUUACCGUAUUCUGCAAGCUUUGGCUCUUGACGAAGACCAUCCGGGGGAUCCAGAGGAUAAAACUGUUCCCAAAUAUCGACAAAUCGACAAGCGUGCCGGUGAAUACGUUCUACAAUGGGCCACAGAGCUCGAUGCUCAAAAUGAGAAGAUUUUUGGGGGAACUGCUGCCACUAAGACGACCCUGGUCAAACGUGGCCCAAAAAGCCAUGCUGAGGAUGAAAGUGGUCCACCAACAAAAAAGACCAAGGUUGAAGUUGGAGCAUAUGAUAUGGAUGACGAGAUAAAACGGAACUGGGAGAAGGGAACUCUGCCCAAGCUCACGGUGCCAAUACUGAAAGAGUUCCUCAAUGCUCAUGGUCGCUCCGCAGCUGGCAAAAAGGCCGACCUCGUAGAACGGGUAGAGCAUGAUGUUGUUCGGCGUCAUGAAAGAAGCCACCAUGAGCAGCACUCUGAACAACAGGUUGAUAAUCAUCUUGAAGAAUCCUCGACAAAUUUUCCAGAUGGCCCUGACAUACUGACGCCAGUAUCAGCAGCCGAGUCGCUCAGACGGCUGUCAGGAAUUACAUCUAUUCCAGAGGACGUGACUUCACAUCACCCCAGCGCAAGCAUUGCAAGUCUUGUACCACUCAAUACUGGCUAUGCACCCGGAAUAGAUUUAUCCUCGCGUGAUGAUGCAGCACAAGGAACAAGCUCCAACUCGGGGUCUGGGGCAUGGUUCCUAGAAGACGAUUUCGACGUCAGCGCUCUAGAUUUCUCACUCACCUCUACCAUAUCCGAAUGGGCUCAGUACUCAAAUGUCUUAUCAGGCCCUCCUUUACCAGAGGAGCCGCCGGAUAUAUUCACACCGAUACAAAGCUCCCUGCCUGACGCGGAGUCAGAAUAUCCCCCAGCAGAUACCAUGAAACGCAAAUGGUUUUCCCAUAUGGAGCAUCAACCUAGCCGAGGAUUUGACAAGACAAGUCAAAGUUAUCCUGGCCAUAUCAAGGCCAAUGAGUCGUACCGAGUGGGUCUAUCUCAAAAGCUUCGGCCACGGAUGGAGGAUGAGGCACUUCCCACGUCUGAGCAACUGAACCUCUUUGCUAAGCUUUAUUUCCACCGAUUUCACCCACUACUCCCAAUAAUUCAUACUCCAUCCUUUCGACCCACUGCAGAGAACUCUCUCUUAUUCUUGUCGUUAUGUUCCAUCGGUAGCCUUUUCGUCGGAUCAUCGCGUGCUGUUAUGCAAGGUUCUAGAAUAUUCGAACGGUUGAAUAAGGCGAUACUGGCAUCUUGGGAAUCCUUCUUAUCACAGAGCCGACCAGAUGCCUUGUCUAUGGUUCAGGCCGCCAUUCUCGGUCAAACAUAUGCCAUAUUAGCCGGUGAGCCAAAACGUCUUGUUCUGGCAGAUGUUCUGCACGGCACAGUCGCAGCUUGGGCUCGUGAAGCAAAUAGACUCGGGUCACUCUGUACCCGGGCACUUGAUUUAUCAGACAACAGCAGUAUUGAGACAAGCUGGCAUCGAUGGAUCGAUCAUGAGCAACGAGCACGAGUCCAAGUAGCGCUACACAUCCACGACGCUGAACUUGCAACUUUGCUUCACCACCAACCAAUACGCAGCCAUCGAUUCCGCCAAUUCCCUAAAAUCUCGUCGGACGCCUUGUUUUCAGCGCCCACAGCUUCAAAAUGGGCUGCUGUAUACCGCCAGUCUCUAGAAACUUCUCAGGGAGAUAGUCCAAUUUACACCCAACUCCCUCGCUCUCUGGAUCCACUCCCAGUUGCCGGGAUAUCAUCUCGCUUUGCAGCCUACGGUCUAUUAGAGAGUAUCAAUGCCCGUUUGAUCGAUGCGAAACAAUCAGAUGGCUUCGAUCACCACGUCUGUGCGGAAAUAUCAAGCCUCCUAAUCGCCUGGCGGAAAGCCUAUUACACACCAUCCCAAAGCAUCGAAGGAGACAUAUUCUGUCUCCCCGUUCUCUGGCACUCGACCUUCAUAUCCCUUUACGCAGACCUCGAUCUCCUCGAACAAGCAAUCGGCAGAGAUGGCCACUAUCACACUAUACAAGCUACAGCUCCCACUCGAGAGUGGUCUACAUCCCUAAACGCCAGUCGCUGCCUUAUCCAUGCCUCAUUGAUCGCGCAAUACAUAGAAAAAAUGAGUAUGUCUUCGGAGCCAGCCAUCCAUGUUCCACGAGCGCUAUUUUCAGCCGCACUCACUUAUUUCGUUGUCGCGCGUUUUGCGCCGAAACAUAUUGUUCCCGCUGAGGCUUUUGCGUCACCAGAGUUCAAGAUUCUGGGUGAUGAUAAUUCUGCUAUGGAGCCUUGUUUUCCGGAUCUGCAGCUUGGGAGCAGCGGGGGUUCUGUGAUUGCGGAUAUGGACCACUUGUAUCGCUUAGUGGAUUUGUUGCAACGAGGCGGGCGUUGGGGAAUUUCGCUGGCUUUUGCAGCAGUUAUUUCUGCGGCUUUGGAGGGGGGCGCGGAGUCUUAA